AUGCUUACACCGACGACGCCUUCACCGGAUAUGGAGGACCUCGUGGCGAUUGUGCAGGACUUCUCAUUGCUUGCAGUCAACUCAUUUGGCAGGAAGAACAGCUACACUUACAUUCAUGAGGGGUGCAAGCCGGUGCGACGCUCCUUCAUUGACUACAUGUUUGUUAGGCAGAACAAGCACAGUGAUUACAAGUCUGGACUUCUGCGUGACUGGCAGGUUGCGCGCUGGCGUAAAGGUGGAAGGCAUCUCCCGGUAUGGUCACGAUUUUCUAUACGACGGUUCAGGACUCAGAAACCGCAGCAGAAGCUUGAAUGGCCUCGAUGGCGCUGCCGCCUCCUAUCACAGGCCAUCAAGGAACAGCCACAGUUGGCCGAGCGCUACACGGAGCAGGUUGCCAUCGCGUUGCAAGCUGCUGAUAAAUAUGAGCCCAACAAUUUGAACGCCCUGCUGCUGGAGGUCGGGAGAAAGGUCUUUCAUGUACAACGACCACCCAGCUUGCCGCCGCCCUGGACUGGAGCGCAACACAUUGGCAGCAUCAAGGACAGUGGCAACAUUAUCGACUCAUGCGCAGGUUGCAGUCAGGCGCUCUUUGAUCUCAUUCGGAGAGUGGAGGGCAAACUGUUUACUCCGGCCGAGGAAGCCCGUGCCCUACAGGAUUUUUGGCGAUCGGUGAAUGGCGCACCGGGGUCGCUACUUCGUUCGGGACAGGCUUCCAGCUACAACGUGCUGCAGCAGGACGUUGAGCAAGCUCUACGAGAUCUUCAGGCGAGCAAGGCUGCCCCGCCCCAUUGUGCCCCACAUGCCUUCUGGAAGCUGGCCUCUUCUCCAGUUGCUGAGUUCAUGGAAGAUAAGGCUUUCUCAGGCUGGCGAGAGGAUCACGCGUGGGUCCCAGAUGAUUGGUCGGCGGCAUGGCUAGUGCCGCAGCGGAUAGGGUUUCCCUCCGCCUUGACCGGCCAGAAGGUGCAUAGUAGCCCUUACUGCCAGUGCGGCAAGAAGUGGCCGGCACCUGCUCUCAAGCAGAACGGCAGCCCGCGGCCACCGAAGACCCCCUCUCCUUCUCCUCAGCGCGGCGCCGACAAGAAGGAGCGGCGCGAAGAGGAACGCCGCUUGAAGCGGGCCGUCACGACAAUCUGGGAUCAAAUCCCGGAGGAUGCGCGUGCGCGCCUCACGCAAGCGGGAUGGAAAGGACCUCCUAAGCAGAAGGAGGCGGUCGAGUCCCAGACCGACCCUCUCCUGAGCCUUUUGGUACAGCGCCAGGAUGAGCUGCCGGAGGACAUCCGCACUGCACUGGUUGAGGCAACCACGGGCCCGGAGCCGUCCCCAGGAGAAAAGGCCAUGCAGUCCAACAAGGACCUAACCAAGGCCAGCUCCCGCCUCCGCGUGCUGAUCCACAAGAAGAUCAAGCUACUGGAGAGCAUAGAGGAGGCGAAGGAAUCCCUCCGCCUGCAGCUGCAGGAGCUCCAGGACGUGCCUGUCACUCCUGAGCCAAUGGAUGUGGACGAACUGGUCACCAUCCUGGGCUUGACCCUCUCUGACGAGCAGCAGGAGAAGUUGGCCGACUACCGCGCCAAAGCCCAGAAGAGGAAGGUGCCCGAUGUGGGCCCGGUAGGCCAGCCCAAGGGGGACGGGACAGGCGGCCGCCAGCGGAGCCGCACUCCCCCGAAGAACGGGGAGACCCUGGCCGGCGAGGAGGAGAACACCAAGCAGGCCAAAACACUCCUUACGAUUUUGUCCUUCCGGCACGUCGUAGCCGCCAGUUUUGCAAACGACAACAGGGCCUCAGAGUCGGACAAGGGGAUUGUGGACACCACUCCCCGGGAGGGAUUUCAGCCACCGAGAGUUCCGAAGCCCCCGGUGCAGCCGCACACGGGGCGGGUCUCCCCGGAGGACCUGAGGCCCUCUCCGAUGCAGCCCAUUGCGGAGCGGCUCGCCCUCGCCUGCAGUGCGGCAGAGAACCUCGAGGAUGCCGAAGAGGCUAUCUUGGCUUUCGGCGAAGCUGUUGAGAUGGAACCGGAAGGCAGCCUCGCUUACCGUCUCGACUGGGAUCUCCUCGAUGGCCUCCUGGACCCCCCUUUCGCGGCCGCUUUUGCCACUUCCCCUGCCGACCCCAUCCACAUCACCAGCGCCAACGUGACCUCCUGGAAGAAGGAGCUGCUCACCUGGCACCCGGCCACGAAAGGAAUCCUAGCAUUGCAGGAGUUGCACCUCAACGCCGAGGGCCUCAACCAGCUACGCAUCGAGGCAUCCAAGUGCGGCUUCCACCUCUUUACGCCGCCCAAGGGCGACCGGCCUUAUCCCACUCGUGGUGGCAUCGGCCUUUUGGUUCCCUCUCAUAUGCAGGGUCAAGCCUGCGGGGGCAUGAUCACGGAGGAGGGAUGCGGCUACGUGGCGAUCGCCCUGCCGCGCCUGCGAUGGACCCUCAUGGCCGGUGCUGCGGGAGCACCGCAAUUGGAUCGUGGUUGGGGACUGGAACGCUCCUCCACCGAGUUUCUGGGCACAUCGUGGGCCGAGACAGUGGGGGGCGCCCUUCUUGCACCGGAUGGGCCGACUAUCAACACGGGCAAUACCCUCGACUACGCCCUGUUAGCUCGGCCGCUGGCUUCCUUGACAAGCGUUAAGACGGUGACGCCGCGGUUUCCUUCACCCUCACCGUCCAGCAGACUGGUGGCGCUGCCUCAGCUCACCGGUUACCAAGGGGCCUUGCGGGAUGAGGCGGCUCCCGCCGACCCGGCAUGGGUGGCUCCCGGUCUUGGGAUGAUCGGGGCCAAACCUAUCCGUUCGGACCCCCUGACCUGCCGCUUCGCGGGCAUCACUUCUGGGAUGGCGGCAUGUCACUACACCACCGAAGGAGGGCGCGGCACCAACAACCCCCUCCAGCACAAGCCCCUCAUGCAGCAGGACUGGUCCUACCCGUGGAGGGGCCACGUCGCUGCUUUCUGGAGCCGAAUGGCCUCCUUCUGGGAACACCCGAAGAGACACCUUCGGCGAAUUGAGGCGUUGGUGGGCAAUAUGCCUCCCGAUGCGGUGGAGGCAACUGCCCUCCACCUUAAGGCGCAGGGGAUUGAGGCAUCCUCUCCCAAAGACUUCCUCUGCGCCCUUGGCUCGGCGGAAGAGGGCCGGCCUUCAACCCUUGCAGUGGUCCGACAGCUCCGCGACGAGGAGCAGCAACGGGCCCGGAAGGCAGAGACCGACGCGGUGGCCGAAUGGCUCGUGAUUGGCACCCACCAAUGUCACGAGACCCUUCACUGA